CGUCCUGCCUCGCACACCGCUGGCGCCACAGGACAGACAACGACAUCUGGCACAUUUUGUCUUAAAACAUAAAAUGGGAGUGAUGGAAGAUGAUUGGCAUUUGAGACAGGCAGCAUACAAUGGAGAUAUCAAGACUCUGAGGGAAAUGAUUUCCAAUGGUGCUGAUCCAAGAAUUAAAGAUGAUGAAGGUAAAUCCAUUUUAAUGGAUGGAGCAUGCCAUGGACAUUUGGAAAUGGUUAAGUUCUUGGUAGAGGAGGUUUGCAUUCCACUGGAAGAAUGUGAUAGGAAUGGAAACACAACCCUCUUGUGUGCUUCAUUAUCAAUGUGCCCCAAUCUUGAGGUUUUGCAGUACCUGGUCUCAUCUGGAGCUGAUCUCCAGGCUAGAAAUUUAAUGGGUGAGACUGCACUGCACAUUGCUUCUCGCUCUCAGUCCCUGGAAACUUUUAAAUUUCUGCAGCAGUCAGGUAUUCCAAUUGACUCUCAGGACCUCCAAGGAAAAACUGUUCUGCAUCAUGCUGCUGAACUUGGGGAUGCUCAAAUGGUGAAAUAUCUACUAGAUCAGAAAUGUCUCCCUGUUGACUGCAGAGACAAGUAUGGUCAGACUCCAUUAAUGUUAACAGCAGAGUUUCCAAGAAGUGAGCAAGAUCCUGUGAGACAUGGGGAAUGGAUUGACCAUACAGAUUAUGUCAAUAAGGCUCUCAAGCUUAUUGUAGGUGCUGGAGCAGACCCUACAGCAAAAGAUGUUGUUGGUAGAACAGCACUCCACAGAGCACUUGGAUGUAAGGAGAAUUUCCAGUACCUUCAGAAAAUACAUCCCAAUUUCAAGGAUGGUCUUGACAAAAAUGGGCAGUCAGCCAUAAUGAGAGCCAUUUCUGCAUUUCAGUACAACUAUGAUGUGCCCCAGGUGAUAAAACUCCUAGUGCAGGGAGGUGCAGAUGUCAAUUUAUGUGACGGAGAUGGAAAGACAGCUUUGUGCUUGGCAAUAGAGAAAGAUGCUUUCUGGGCACUGAAAGAACUAGUAGAGGGUGGAGUCACUUUAUCAUCUUGCAGAAAGGAUGAGCUUUCAGAUAUUCUCCACAUGGCUCUGUGGCGCCAUCAAGAUGAGUUAGUCACAAGAUUGAUUGCUGCAGGAGCAGAUGUCAAUAGCAAAGAAAGAGGGGAAGCUGAGAAGUCAACAUUACAAGGGCACACAGCUCGAUGUUUGGAAUUGAAUGUAUUGUCACAUAGAGGAGAAGGUUUGAUUGAUACAGAAUUUGCUGGUCAUUCCCCACUGUUCAAAUCUCUUAAGUCAGAGAAGAUAGUCACUCAUUUGAUUGCUGCUGGUGCAGAUGUGAAUUUCAAGGAUGACAACGGCUGUACACCACUGCUUGCAGCUAUUCAUAGGGAGCAUUUUGAGGCACUGGACCUUUUGCUGAAGGCUGGUGCUGAUCGAAAUGUGAUGGAUAACUGUGGUGUGACAGCUCUUCACUUGGCUGCCAGCUGUCGAAAGGUACCACCUCGUGUCAUAGCAUUUGCUAAAGAACAGAUCGAACAUGGUAUGAGACCAGACAUCAUGGAUCAUCAGGGCAGGACACCUCUUCAUUAUGCUGCACUGACUGGAAAUCACAGAGUUAUGAAACUCCUCAUCAGUUUGGGAGCCAAUGUAAAUGCUGUAGAUGUCUAUGGAAAGACUCCCAUUGUCAUGCUAGCCAUACAUUCACGUAAGGACUGUAGGUUGGUGAAAGAGCUACUGAUUAAUGCUGGAGCUGACUUAACAGUAAGAGAUAAAAAUGGCAAGACAGCCUUACAUACAUCAUUUGAGAUUGAUAACUUUGAAAUCACUAAAUUUCUUAUGGAGAAGCAUCAACAAGAGAUUGGUUGUGAUAAUAAUGGUAAUAAUAUUCUGCAUUGUGCAGUCAGAGCUCGAAGAGAUACACUUGACAAAGUGAAGUAUAUACUGAAUAAAAAACUUACUACAAUUGAAGAAAAGAAUGAAAAUGGAGAGACAGCUCUAAUGUAUGCUGUACAGUUGCCUUCAUUUCACACAAUAAAACAGACUCUUGUUCAGAUACUAUUGACAUCAGGUGCUAGCCUCAAUGCUAAAGACAAACAAGGGAAGACUCCUCUCCAUAUUGCAGCUGCAGAAGGAGAUGCAAAGACGAUGGAAACUCUGAUUGCUGCUGGAGCAGAUGUAACAGAGAGGGAUUUAAAUGGUCGGAUGCCUCUGCACUGGGCAGCUCAGUCCCACCGUGCUGAGGCAGUGGAAUUACUGCUGAAUGAGAGAAAAGAGCAGCAUGAAAUGGGGAUCAAUCAACAGGACAAUGGUGGGCAGACACCAUUGAUGCUUGCUGUCAAAGAAAAACAGUCUGUAAAGUUAUUGCUAAAACAAGGUGCCAAUGUUAAUACGCAGGAUUGUGCUGGAAGAACAGCACUCCAAGCAGCAAUUGAAUGCAAAAAUUUUGAUGCAAUGAAGCUACUGCUGGUUGCGGGAGCAGAUUUCUUACCUGCUCAGAGGGAGUAUCAUGUUAGAGCAAUCCAUUUGGCUGUUGCAGCAGGGGAUAAUAAGAUACUGGAGCACCUGAUUUCCAUGGGGAUGGACCUAUUGGACUGUUGGUGGGACCCUGAACACAAGACAACCCUGCUACAUGUUGCAGCUGAAACCAGUGUGGAAAUGUUGAAGCAGGUAUUGAACAUGGGGAAAAGUGUAGACACCUUUGAUAAUGAAGGGUACUCUGCCUUUCAUCGUGCAGUUCUAUCUGGAAAUUGUGCGGUCAUCAAAUAUUUUUUAGAGGAGUUACAAACUCCUGUGGAUCAAACAGAUGCAAAAGGGAGGACAUCCCUCAUUCUAGUGGCUGCAAGUGACAAUUGGCUCCUAAUGAAAUCAUCAGUUCCACACAUUUUGCUUCAUGCAGGUGCUGAUGCUAGUGCACAAGACAAUGAAAAUAUGACUGCUUAUGAUCUGGCGCUUCGGAGCAGGAAUCAAAAAUAUGCAGAUCUUUUAGAAAUGGCACAACACCUUUGUUAAUUUCGCUUGACAGUGUAAAGCUGGUGGUGCUUAAUUGCAUCAGAGUAAUGUUUAUGUGACUUCUUAACAAGUAGCUAAUGGCUUGAUAUUGACAGGGUACUUAGAGAGUUGUUACACAGUACAAAGUGCAUGUUUCAA